CUCCUGCCUCAAUCGCUUCAUAUACAAAAUGAAAUCUGUCCUGUUAACCGCUGUUCUUUUCUUAUCUUCGGUGCUCGCCCAGGAGGUCGUAGGUCGAGGUCGCUCUUGUGUCGUGUGGAGACAGAAUGGUGCAGUCACUAAAACCCAAACUUGCGAAGCCGGUCUUACUUGCCAAGGUUUUGGACCCAACGAAAUUCUCAACAAUGGUGGCGGCGCUCAUCACACUGAUUUUGAUGUCUACCGCGGUAUCUGCAUCAAUAUGGACGAUAUACAAGCUUCUUAGUCUUUUUUCUCGCCACGAUUCUCCACAGGCUAAAUUCAAUGAUGGUCGUAAAAUUAUCAACCCAGUGUCUGUAUGACACGAAAAUGUGAACAGUUUUGGCUCUCAAUCCGUAUCAAAACGUAGUGCUUUUGUUUUUAUAAAAGAUCAACUGAAUAAAUGCACAAUAUGUAC